CGUCAAACGUAAAUAAAGAUGAAAAUGCACGGCGAAAGUGUGUAAAUAAACAUAUAGCAAGCGAAAAUAACCGCACGGUGCCGUUCCACACGACAUUCAUACGAACGACGAUGUGAUUUUUCAGUGCGCCCGCACCGUUUUUUAACAGGCCGACAUGACGAAGAAAUUCGAAUUCGACUGGAGAAUACCAGUGCCCGAGCCCCUUUUGAAGGGAUGCUGCUUCGAUAGGUGGUUCGAGGACCGCGACAACGUCGAGCUCGAGAAGAACGCGCUGUUUAAGGUUGACGAGUACGGUUUCUUCAUUUACUGGAAAAGCGAGGGACGGGAGGGCGACGUGAUAGAAUUAUGCCAGGUGAGCGACAUAAGAACAGGCGGCGUGCCCAAGGACUCCAAGACUCUACAAACUCUGACAAAAAUACAUGGUUCGGAACUGGAAAGCAGAUCGUUGACAAUAUGCAGCGGCACCGACUACAUCAACAUCAACUACCAACACAUCGUGUGUCCCGACGUCGAAACGGCCAAGACUUGGCAAAAGUGUUUAAGAACUGUUACUCAUAACAAUAAAAUCAAUAACAUUUGUCCGAGAAAUGCCAUGUUAAAACAUUGGAUGCGUCUGAACUUCUCGGUGGAUCCCCGAGGAAAAAUUCCGGUAAAAGUGGUCGCCCGUACGUUCGCCUCCGGUCGCACCGAGAGACUGGUCUAUCAGUUCCUAUCCGAAAUGGAGCUGCCCAGCGGCAAGAACGACUCGAUCGAACCCAGCGAUUUCACGUUCGACAAGUUUUACAUGCUGUAUCAAAAGAUCUGUCCUAGAAACGACAUUGAGGAACUGUUCAGGACCAUAACCGCCGGCAAGGCUGAUUACAUGAAUCUCGAGCAGCUGAUCAAUUUCUUGAACGAGAAGCAACGGGACCCCCGACUGAACGAGAUUUUGUAUCCGUUGUACGAUGAGAAACGUGGCGCCGAGAUCAUAGCCACGUACGAGCAGAACGAGGAAUUGGUCAAGUUAAAUCGGUUGACCAAAGAUGGAUUCACCAGAUAUUUAAUGUCAGAUGAAAACGCUCCGGUUUUUCUCGAUCGUCUGGAGAUCUACAUGGAAAUGGACCAGCCUCUAUGCGCUUAUUAUAUAAAUUCUAGUCACAACACCUACCUAAUUGGCAGACAGUUUGGGGGUAAAUCCUCGGUGGAAAUGUAUCGGCAAGUUUUAUUAGCCGGCUGCAGAUGUGUUGAGCUCGAUUGUUGGGACGGUCGAGGGGAUGACGAAGAACCAAUCAUAACCCAUGGUAGGGCUAUGUGUACCGACAUCCUGUUCAAAGACGUGAUCUAUGCGAUAAGGGACACUGCUUUCGUGACCUCCGAUUAUCCUGUGAUUCUGUCAUUCGAAAACCAUUGCUGCAAAAGCCAGCAACACAAGCUUGCGAAAUACUGUGAUGAAAUAUUCGGAGAUCUACUGUUGAAGGAACCUUUGCCGGAUUACCCAUUGGAACCAGGUUGUCCUUUGCCAUCGCCUAAUUUGUUGAAGCGGAAGAUUUUGAUUAAAAACAAACGUUUGAAACCGGAGGUGGAGAAACAGGAACUGGAACUUUUCAGACAAGGCCAGUUCGUUAUCGAGGACGAGGAGAAGGAAGAUGCAAAUGCUUCGGCGGAUCGGCCACUUCCUCCUGAUGCCUCCAUUGAGGCACCUACUGUGGAAGAGGGGGCGCCUGAGCAGAUGGUCACCAACCACGUAGGUUCGACAACGAACGUUCACCCCUGGUUGAGUUCCAUGGUUAACUACGCCCAACCCGUGAAAUUUGCUGGAUUCGACGUGGCCGAACAAAAGAACAUCCACCACAACAUGUCGAGCUUCUCGGAGCCCAACGGCCUGGGUUGUCUGCGUGCCUCCGCCAUCGACUUCGUCAACUACAACAAGCGGCAGAUGUCGCGCAUCUAUCCUAGUGGAGCACGCGCCAACUCCUCCAACUACAUGCCGCAGGUGUUCUGGAACGCCGGCUGCCAAAUGGUUUCGCUUAACUUCCAGACGUCAGAUCUGCCUAUGCAACUGAACCAAGGCAAGUUCGAGUACAAUGGCAACUGCGGCUACCUGUUGAAGCCCGAUUUCAUGCGGCGGCACGAUCGGACGUUCGAUCCUUUCGCUGAAUGUCCGGUCGAUGGGGUUAUUGCCGCCCAGUGUUCCGUGCAGGUUAUCGCUGGACAGUUCUUGUCGGAUAAGAAGGUGGGUACGUAUGUGGAAGUCGAUAUGUAUGGAUUACCAACGGACACAAUCAGAAAAGAGUUCAGAACCAGAUUGGUUCCAUCCAACGGUUUAAACCCAGUAUACAACGAGGAACCGUUUUUGUUCAGAAAAGUUGUACUGCCGGACUUGGCAGUUCUCAGAUUCGGAGUCUAUGAUGAAAAUAACAAACUUCUGGGUCAGCGCAUCCUACCGUUGGACGGUCUACAAGCCGGUUAUCGACACAUUUCGCUCCGCACUGAGGCGAACUUUCCCAUGUCGUUGCCCAUGUUGUUCUGUAACAUCGAAUUGAAGAUCUAUGUGCCGGACGGCUUUGAGGACUUCAUGGCGGCCCUUAGUGAUCCCCGCGGCUUCAUGGGGGCGCAGCAGAAGCAGAACGAGCAAAUGUCGUCGAUGGGUAUUGAAGUUACCGACAACAAGGGUGGGGACAAAAAGGAAAAGAAGGAGGAGAAGAAAGUCGAGCCCAUGGUGUUUGAACCAAUCACCAUUGAGUCAAUAAAACAAGACAAGGCGUUCCAGAAAACCACCAAAAAACAACAAAAAGAGUACGACGCCUUGAAGAAGAAACAAGCUAAGGAGAAGCAGGCAGUACAAAAAAGCCAGUGUCUGGCAAUAGAGAAGCUCAUCAAGGGCAAAAAUAAAAAUGAUCUUGCCAACGAUCCAGCGGUAAAGAAGUUGGUGGCUGAACAGACGCAAGAAUGGAGCGAAUUAAUGGGUCGCCACAGGAAACAAGAGUGGGAGUUCUUGCGCAACCAGCUGGACGAUCAGCGUGAUCUUCUCAGGAAGCACAUGGAAUUGCUGCAGGCGCAGCAAGUGAAACAGCUCGAGGCGAAGCACGACAAGGAUAUGAAGGAAUUGCAGCAGCAACAAGCUAAGAUUUCAGUCGAGACCGCCAAAGAAGUGGCUAAUGAUAAAACACUAAAGACUAAGAAGGAUAAGGAUCGCCGUUUGAAAGAAAAGUACCACAACAACACCAAGAAAUUUAUCGACGAGCACAAGACGGCGACUUUGAGACAGAACCGAGAAAGGGAGAAACUGAAGAUCACUCACGACAAACAAUUGGAAAUGUUGUCGCACGACAUCCAAAAGUUGAUCGACAUGUACAAGAACGAGGAGAUGGAGUACGAGCUGAGCGGCAAGAACGAGUUCUACGCUUAAGCUCAACGAGGGACCAAGUUUUCGCGUUGUUGGAGGCUGUUAUAUUUGGAAACAGUAAGCGCAAGGGAUGGGUGGAUUUUAUUAUGACCCAUAAUUGUAAUUUUGGGAGGGGGCGUUUCUCAUAGGGUUAGAACAAUAUUCCUACUGUAAUUAAGUUUUUGGGGACAGUUUCCUUUUUUCUCGAAUUAGUCAAUUUAAUGAAACAUUUAUUUAUAUCAGUAAAGGGAUCAAUUACAGUUACUUAUUCGAAAUAGUUUCAAAUUGUUCUAACAUAAAUGCCAAAAAAUUAUCAGCCAAAUUAGAAGUUAUGGGGUGACUUAGCCAUAAUAAAUAUAUUAAGUAUAUUCUAGACGUUAUAUACGCUUAGCGUAUUAUAUAUUUUUAACAAUUACUAGAAUUUAAUCGUGACAUGUUUUAGGAAAAUUUUCCUGAUUACAACAAAGCUUUAAAAAUUGAUACUUUAAUGCACGGUUUUACGCUUUUGUUAUGUAAAAGAAUAUUGUUAUAUUUGUUUUAUUUGUACCUGCAUAAAUUUAAUUAAUAUUAAAUUAGGCCAGAAAGGAUUUGAAUACAAACGUUGUUUUAAAAAGCCUUAAAACUAAUUGGAAGUUAGGAAAUUUUAUUGCUACAAUUUCUCAAUCUUUAGAAGAACUUAGAAAACGUAAAAUGGAAUUGAUAUUUUAUACAACAACAUUUUAUAUGAAUUUAUUAAAGCUCAAUUGAAUUAAAACUAAAUUGGUUAGUAUCAUAGAAAAUCUCAAUUGUCUCAGAUUUGGCCUAAAAAGCUUGAAAUGUAAAAUUAUUUGAAUACAUGAUUCUGUAAUCAAUGGUUUUGUUAAUUUUUAGAUGUAAUGGACCAAUAAUAACGUACCUACCUAUAUUACUUACAUUAAAAUGUCAAUUCAAAGCUACUUGAAUGAAGUUUAUAAUAAAUAUUAACUAAUUCUGAAAGUGUGUUGACAUUACAGAAUUGUGGCAGUUCAAGAAUUGCUCAUUAAGCUUCAAUGUCUUGACGAGUUGGUGAUAUUAUUAAGGUUAAAACAAAUAUUUCUCUAGGGCGUUGAAUUAGAGUUUUGCAUCAUUGUUGAUGUAGGAGCAAUUAUUCUUUGAAAGUUAACGAAUUUAGAAACAUAAGUUUCAUUGUUACUUUUUUCAAAUAUACAGCUUAAUUUAGGCAUACAUCAUUAUAUUUAUUAAAGAGGUACUAAAAUAUAUUUAUUAUAUGUUAUAUACAUAUUGAUAAUUGAGUUUAUAUAUGUUAAUAAAUGGAUGUUAUAGUAUUCUGUAGCUCUAACUACUGUUUGGCCCAGAUGCUAAUAAUUGAUUCAGAGCUUAUCUAAGUAUUCUAUCCAUAUAGUAGUUCAGAAACUUAAACAAUGGUGAAUGUUAUCACAUUUUACUAUUUCAUGUAGAUUCACAUAGAAAGUCAAUAAUAAAUAUAUAUGUUAAUAAACAACAAA